AAGAUUCUUGCAUUCCCUUGGUGUUAGUGAUGGCUACUUUAUCCACUCUCUACCCGCUACGGGUUCGAUUCUCCGCACCUUCACCAUCGCCAAAUAUUUCAAAGUUUAAGCUUCUUCAUAAACCACAUUCCAUUGAUAUCACGAGGAAACAGAUCAAAAUGGCUGCCGUAAAGGCAGAGCUAAAUUUGCCCAGGGUUAUAGCAGACGCAGUGCAAGCAUUCCAAUUGUAUCCGCCGACCUGGGAAUCGGCUAUACUGAGCAAUACGCUAAUUUUUUUGGUCGGUUCACCUUUGCUUUUUGCGGGGCUUACCAAGCCUGGCAUCGGCGCCGCUUUUCUGCUCGGAAGCUUGUCGUGGCGGGCAUUUGGAAGCAGAGGCUUUUUAACCGUAGUUAUUUACUACAUAAUUGGCACGGGAGUUACAAAACUAAAGCUAAAGCAGAAAGAGGCUGAAGGAGUUGCAGAGAAAAGGAAAGGAAGAAGAGGGCCAAGCAGUGUUUUUGGUUCUGGAGCUGCAGGAUGCUUGUGUGCAUUAGCAGCUAUAACUGAAUUAGGCGGGUUGGCAUUUGUGAAUCUUUGGCAGCUGGGAUUUGUUGCAAGCUUUUGUACCAAGUUGAGUGAUACUGUUUCUAGUGAAAUUGGGAAGGCCUAUGGUAAAACAACGUACCUUAUAACAACCCUUUCAGUAGUUCCUAGGGGAACAGAAGGAGCUGUUAGCAUAGAAGGAACUUUUGCUGGUCUAGCCGCUUCUAUGCUACUUGCAUGUGUUUGUUGGCUUAUGGGUCAAAUAGAUGGUCCAGGGGCUAUAAUUUGUGUCAUUUCUUCACAACUAGCAAACAUUUGCGAAAGCCAAAUUGGUGCUUCUUUCCAAGACAAGGAGGGUUUUAAAUGGCUUAAUAAUGAUGUCGUCAAUGUAAUCAACAUCUCAAUCGGAACUGGCCUAGCCAUUUUACUUAAAAGUUUUCUGGGCUGACAUGUAUGAAUUUGUGAGGACAAUAGAGCUUUCACUCUUUUUCUUUGUUCAUACUGCAGACUGCAACUCAUUAAAGAAUAUAGCCAUGCCUCACAAAUAUGAGGGGAUACGUACUUUUUUAUUAUUCUGAUGAAAUGGUUGCCCUUUUCUUGUUUGCUCCUAGGUUAUGUAUUUGUACACUAAGUCUUUUGGGUGAUAUAUCUUCCAUUCAUGCAGCUUGAUAAUGAUGUCAAUGUAAUCAACAUCUCGAUUGAACUGGUCUAGCCAUUUUACUAAAAAGUUUUCUGGGUUGACAUGUA